AGAAGUAAGACUGUCUUCCAAAGGCGGCCGUCGCAUUGACGAUUGUCAACGCUGUUACUGCUAUUGAAUUACAGUUCAUUACUUGGAAGGCUUAGCUAAAGCAUCGCUGGGUGCCAGAUUUGAUAAUCAAACGGUUAGUUUGCGUGAGCAUUCCGGUGAUUGAAGAUGACGCUGAGGAAAUUAGCAGAAGAAGGGAAUGUGGAGGAACUCCGGAGACUUUUGAAACGAACACCCAACCCAAAAGAAUUGUUGGAAACAAAAUUUGGACAAAACAAGAUGACUGCUUUGCAUAUAGCAAUAGAAAAAGGCCAUGAGGAGGUAGUAAAGUUGUUGUUGGAGAAUGAAGCAGAUCCACGUGCUACUGAUCAUUAUGGUCGCACAGCCCUUCAUGUUGCCACAUCAAUUCAAAAGGAAAACAUAUAUAUAUUAGAUUUAAUUCUCAGUAAAGAUGUAGAUGUCAAUGCUCAAGAGGAGAACCGGAAUACUCCAGUGAAACUUGCGGCAGAGAAGGGUCACUUAAAAACUGUGAAAUGGCUGAUUUCGAAGGGAGCUAAUGUUGAUGAAGCAGACAAGGUUGACAACACCACUCUCCAUUUUGCUGCUAAGAAAGGCCAUGAUCAAGUAUUAGAAUUGUUACUUACAGAAGUAGCUGACAGAACCAUCGGAAAACAGAAUAAGGAUAAAAAGACGGCUCUACACUUUGCUGUUGAAAGUAAAAGCGAGAGAUGUGUUGCGCUUCUGUUAAAACAUGGUGCAGGAAUCUGCAUUGAAUCAAAAAAUGAGCAAGGGCGAACACCAUUGGACCUAGCAAAUGAUGAUCCUAACCAAAACAUUAUAGAUUUACUGAGGAAUCCUAAAAAAGCUCAUGGGUUUCUGGUGGGGCCCAAGUCAAAUAUGUCAAAAGCACUGUUAGGAAAGGGUGGCUCUGUGGAACCUGAUAGCUUAGGUCCUUAUGAUGCAGCUCACCAAGAGUUUCUCAAAAAAAUACCAGAAGCAAUUUCUCAACUUUCAUCAGAUGGUGCCACUCCCAUUCAAGUGUUUAAUGUCUCUGGAGAUCUCAAUUUUCGUAAGGAAACUAAUGUGACUGUCAAAGAUAAGGCGAUGGCCAGCAUAGGGUCAGGAAGUCAAGUAAACAUCACUCAACCUUACAGUGCAUCAAG